CAAGGUUGUGGUGAGAUGACUUGAUGACAUCUGGCCUGCGAAUAAGUUUAGAGUGAAGGACUUGCAAGCUUGAUGAACUGCAACCAGCCCGACAUUCAAGCUCACUUUCAACCAGCAGGUCAAAUAAAUAUGUCGGGAAAUCAGACGCCGAAUCCCAAGGAUCCAGGAAGCUUCACUCGGAAGAGCUUGGUGGUCAGUUCAGGACACCGAUACUCGUAUAUCGAUCAAUCCUUGAACGCCGACGCCCAAGUCGUCUUGCUAUUACACGGCUUUCCCGACUUGGCGUAUGGCUGGAGAUAUCAGAUUUGUGAUCUCGUCAACCGCGGUUAUCGGACCAUCGCACCGGACUUAUUGGGCUACGGUGGUACUUCAAAGCCCACGGACCUAAAGGCAUACUCUAAGCUCAACAGUUGUAAAGCGCUCUGCGAAAUCCUCGACCACGAAAACAUUCGGAAGAAGGUCAUCCUCGUUGGACAUGACUGGGGAUCGGCACUGGCGUUCCGGUUCGUACAACACUUUCCCGAGAAAGUCAAAUGCUGGGUAACAAUAUGCGUCCCACCUGCUCGGCCUGGACAGCGCGGAGAGGCACCUCCAGAUUUCGAGAAAAUCAUCAAACAGCGUCUCCCACAUCUAGGUUAUCAACUUUACUUCAUGUCUCCAGAGUUCAGCGAAGAGAUCCAUCGCUAUCGCAGGACGAUCAUUCUGUUGUUAUACUUGCACACCGAUCGCGGUCUCGAAAAUCUCAUCCAGGAGAGGUUCGCAAGGUUGAAAGAUCACUCGUUCGUUGGCGAGAAUGUGCUCAGAAAGCAAGUCCGAGAGGCUGCACCCCAGCUCGAAAAGAUUGAGGUUAAGGAUCCAGAAAUCAGAUACUUUUUGUCUGAGUUUGAGAAAGGUGGUUUGCUGGGCCCUUUAAGUUGGUACAAAACUCGAGACAUAGAUCACUCGGAUGAACAAGGCAAGUCCUUCCUCAGUUGAUUGAAUAUGGUCGCUCUGCUAUAGCCCACACACCCAUCUUGAUACCUGAACUGCAUCACGCGACCAGCGGCCUCUCUUCCGGCCUCGUAUCCCGCCGAGAUCCCGUGUCUCUAU